GAAUGAGAUAUAUAACUAUGUUUGUUGUUUUGCUGCUCUUCAUUUUAGGUGAUUGGACACUAAGUAAAGGAGCGCCAGCUCCCAUUUCUAGGGAAAUCUUUGUCAAUCCCCAAGGUGGCUCUGGAAUCUACACAACCAUUCAAGAUGCUAUCAACCAAGGCGUUCCGGGAAAUAACACCGGAUGGGUUUUGAUUAAUGUGGCCCCUGGGGUUUAUGCGGAGAAUGUAACAGUUCCUCGAGAUAAGCCAUACGUAUAUUUGAAGGGUCACCAGAGAUCUACCACAAUAGUUGCUGGGAGGAGCUCUGGCAACCUUUGGGAAGCUACUUUGAUGGUAUUAGCAGACAAUUUCAUUGCCCAACGCAUAACUUUCAAGAAUACAUUCAACGUUGCUGGCUCAAUCCUCGGAAAUGAUGUGAAGCCUGCUGUGGCCGUCUCUGUGCAAGGAGACAAGAAUUCUUUCUACCGAUGUGCCUUUAUUGGUCUACAAGAUACAUUAUUUGAUGCAAUUGGUCGGCAUUUCUUCCGGUCUUGCUACAUUGAAGGUGCAGUUGACUUCAUCUUUGGUGAUGGAACCUCAAUGUACCAGGCCUGCGUAAUAAAUGCAACCGGAUAUGGUUUCAUAACAGCACAACGCAGAGAGACCCCAGACGGACCAUCGGGUUUUGUUUUGAAAUUCACGAGGGUGAUUGGGACUGGUCCAACAUAUCUUGGUAGAGCAUAUGGGGCUUAUUCAAGAGUCCUGUUUUAUAAAUCCACGCUUUCAGGCUCUGUGGACCCAAAGGGAUGGGACCCUUGGAAUUUUGUAGGUCAUGAGAACCAACUGACUUAUGCAGAGGUUGAUUGUCGUGGUGAUGGAGCUAAUACCUCACAACGAGUUAGUUGGGAGAAAACACUAAGCCCCUCUGAGUUGAAAAGUCUUAUCAGCACAUCGUUCAUCGACAAUGAGGGAUGGCUAGCAAAUCAGCCCCUUUCUGCCUAAGUUGUUUUAGUUCAUUAUUGAUCAAUAAAUUUCUUGUGUAUAAUUUCUUAUGUAUCAAUCUGAAGUCAUUCUACCACUGAUUUUGGAUAUUAUAUCUUCUCUCCCAUAGAUGAUUCUAGCCUUUAAUAUUUCCAUCAAAUAAAAUAUU